GGUCGGAGAAGAAUGAGGCCGUGACUGAGGAAGUGAAGGAGAUACGGGACAUGGUGAAGGGAUUAACGAGACAGGUUACAGAGAUUGUGAACAUGGUGAAGGGAUUAACGAGACAGGUUACAGAGAUUGUGACCGCCACAGGGGUCACGGCCUACCGGGACAAACCUGGAGGGCCCUAUUCACUUCGCUGGGACCGUAGGAACAACGAUCCCUGGAGGAGUAUCGAGGAUAGAAAUCCUCAGACGCUGAUUGAUUAUCGUACGAGGGGAAGAGAGAGAGACGAUGAAUUAUGGCGACGUAGGGACGAUGAGAUAGACCGAGACCACAGAGAUCGCGAGCUGUUUGUGCGAGCAAGGAGGCUAGAUGAUUACCCCCGAAGCCCUCGCUAUGAGGCCGAUCGGGGUAGAGGCGACUCCCGCGACCGAUGGGAGAGGGACGGCGGAUACGAGAGAUCGGACCGAGAUGGAUAUAGGGACGACAGAUACGAGAGGCCGGGUCGAGAUGGCUACAGAGGAAGUAGAUAUGAGAGAGGAGAUCGGGACUGGGAACGACAAGAUGGGUCACGCGGACGGUUUGAGCGCGGGGGAGAUGUGAGAGAGCAGCGCGACGUGACGCGAGGAUGGUACAACCGAGGGGAUCGACGCGAUGAAUCACGAGGACGAUAUGACUCGGGGGACCGCCGGUGUGAUUCGCGAGGGCAGUAUGAGCAAGGAGGGUCUGGAGGAGACCGGCGCAACGAUUCACGCGGUCGGAAUGAGAGAGGGGGAUAUGACGUCUCAUCAGAACCAUAUCCAAAGUCGCCUGACCCCAAGGCGGCCAGGAAUUCGAUCUCUAGAGGCGCAGACGACAGGGCAUCUACUCCCAGGAACUCCUGUAGAGGAGAAGAUCAUAUCAAGAGGGAUUGCCCGGACCUCAAACGGGCAAUAGAAGAGGGACUUGUCGUGCUUGACRACCGCAAGUACGUCAAGUGGGCAGAUGAUCAGGGAGAUGUAUCGAUGUUUCCUUCGAUGAAGGAGAAUGUCGAAGCAAGGAGAAUAAAGACGGGUAAAGGAAUGGAGCCGGUCAGGAGCCAGAGCAUCAAGAUAAUCUUGGAGGGGGAUAUCGCGAUUACACCCAUAAGGGUGGCAGCCACCAAGUCGGCAAGAGGGUCUACAUCGAAGAAGACUGACACGGAUUACGUGAUGACGGAGAUGGACGGGCAGCGGGUCGAUGGAGAGGAGGUUAUCCUUUCGCCGCGAAAGAGGGGAGUGAAGAAGUUCUUAAUGAAGAGUUCGCUGGACGAGAUUGACACGGUUGAGCCACUGAGGCGGGCCCUUCGACAACCAAUGCAGUGUUCUAUUCUGGAGUACCUGGCGGCAUCGAAGCCGACUCGUUCAACGCAGCCAGGCAAGAGGAGAGAGAAGCGCUCAGAAAUUUCUCGUUUGUCAGAUGAGGUGGAGGGCCCAUGUGGUCCUGGUCGCGUCGGAGGGUGGUCUGCAGCACAGGGUGACAUGGCUGGCCCGAGCGAUGUCGCGAUGUCGCAGAGCCCGGGGAAGAUGAAGAAGUGCAUGUCGGGACCGCCACGUGGGCAGAUGCCCGCAGGCAGAAAGAAGGUGAACCCCAAGGCGGUGCCAGCGACCGGAGACACCGCAGGCGCACGAACUCAGGUCCCCAGACGUCGUCGAUACCCCGGGAUGGCAACUUUGUCGGAAAUCAGAAAGUCGCAACGAUCCACCGACCUUUGCUUGGCUUUCAGGCCGUUUUUGCGGCUCGUGCGCGAGGUUGUGGAGGAGGACAUUGCUCCGGGUAUGGACUUGAGGUUUCAGAUGACGGCGGUGCGUGCUUUGAUGGAGGCCGCCGAGGCGUACGUGGUCGCCAAUUUCGAGAACACCAACGAGGUGGCCAUCCAUUCGAAGAGGGUGACGAUCCAGGUCAGGGACAUGAGACUGGUGGAUAGGUUGUCAAAGCCUCGCUGGGUUGAAAAAUAUCAAGAGAUAUUACCACAUGUACAUGUGGACAACGAUGUGGAAGACAGUGCAUACAGUCUAAAAGGAGUGGUCCUGUGGAUGCGCAGCGAAGGGAUGUGUGAAGAAGGAGACGUGCACAUGACAAUGCAGCAGAAAGUGCGGACAUAUAGACCUGCGGAUUUCAAGAAGUUACUGACCACUGUGGCAUGGAAUGGGGGAAUGCUGGUUGAUGGGUCAAAAGACGAGUUGGAGAGUGGUGCUGCAGAAAUAUUGGUGUUGUCCAGAAUGAAGAACAUUACACAAACACCGCCAGAAGACUUUCAAGAUGUUUUUGUCAUUGUUGCAGAUGGUGUGAAAUAUAUUCUGCUGGAUCAACUUGUGGACUUCAUUAAAAAGAGUGUCGACGACAGGAACGUCAUCCAUGAGGCGUUGCACAAAGUCAUAGAGUUUGCACAACAGGGUCAAGAUUUGAUAGAAUUUGUGCCAGCAAGAACAGAAGACAACAUCAUAUCUGGCAGACUAUUGUGGGGGGAGUUAUUAUCAACUGCUUUGGAGCGGCUCGGUCUUGCAAGUUGCGAUGUUGAGAGACAAAGAGAAAGAGAAGAAGGGUGGAAGGUGAUGUUCAGGAAAACAAAUUUAGCAAUCAUUCCAAACAACGGACAGACAUCAGCAGCACAAGAAUCAAUAACCAGUAUGGCAGUCGAUGUGUCUCCUAUGCAGACAACAACGAGAGAGGAGUUAGUGUAUUUCGAUAUCUUCAAUGAUUUCACAAUGGAGAAAGAACAGUGUGAUCGUGGAUUUGAAGAGGUCGAUUUGCCAAGUUGUUGUGCAGAGUACACAGACAGUGCAGAAGAAGAAGACGAAGAAGAGGAUGAGGGGGCAUCAUCUUCUGACGUGGAAGUGAGAAACAACGAUGUCAGCAGCGACGAGGAAGACGAGGAACAUUAUGUAUACUAUGAUUUGAAGGGGGCGGGUGGACAAGUGACAAAAGGGUGGGUACAUGCAAUUCUGAGGUUGGCACGUGCUUUUCCCGAUCCGCACAAACUGUUGCGUGUUGUGAUGAAGUGGGCAAUACCAGAUGAUGCACGACAAUAUGCCGCAAUGACCAGCAUAAUGAAAUCAUGAAACAAGAGGAAAAAGUGGUCACGUGUUGGCAAGGGAUGG